AUGAGGCCCAACGGCCAGCCGCCGCAGCAGCAGCAGCUCCCGACGCCGCUCACGGCCGUCCGCCCCCGGCGCCGGCCGGACCUGACCCUGCCGCUGCCCCAGCGCGAUCCCUCUCUCGCCGUCCCCCUCCCGCUGCCGCCGCCUUCUUCUUCUUCUUCUUCUUCUUCUUCUUCCUCCUCGUCUUCCUCGUCCGCGGCGGCGGCGGCGGCGCCGUCGUCGUUUUCUUCCUCGCAGACCCAGCCGCCGCUCCCGUCGCAUACCCCCCACCUAUCCGAUCUCGAGCGCGUGCGGCGCAUCGGCAGCGGCAACGGCGGCAUCGUCUGGAUGGUCCACCACCGCCGCACCGGCCGCCAGUACGCCCUCAAGGUGAUCUACGGCAACCACGAGGACGCCGUGCGGCGGCAGAUCUGCCGGGAGAUCGAGAUCCUCCGCACUGCCGACAACCCCUUCGUCGUCCGCUGCCACGGCAUGUAUGACCAGGCCGGCGAGAUCCAGGUCCUCCUCGAGUACAUGGACGGGGGCUCCCUAGAAGGCCGCCGCAUCGCCGCCGAGCCCCUCCUCGCCGACGUCGCCCGCCAGGUCCUUCAGGGACUGGCCUACCUCCACCGCCAGAAGAUCGUCCACCGCGACAUCAAGCCCUCCAAUCUGCUCAUCAACGGUGCCCACCAGGUCAAGAUUGCAGACUUUGGGGUCUCACGGAUCCUCGCUCAGACCAUGGACCCCUGCAACUCCUCCGUCGGCACCAUCGCCUACAUGAGCCCGGAGAGAAUAAACACGGACCUCAACCAGGGGAUCUACGACGGCUACGCGGGGGAUAUCUGGAGCUUCGGUCUGAGCAUCCUGGAGUUCUACCUCGGCAGGUUCCCCUUCGGCGAGAACGUCGGCAGACAGGGCGACUGGGCCAGCCUGAUGUGCGCCAUCUGCUACUCCCCCCCGCCGGUGGCGCCGCCGACGGCCUCGCCGGAGUUCCAGCACUUCAUAUCCUGCUGCCUCCAGAAGGAGCCCUCCAAGAGGCUCACGGCGGCCCAGCUGCUGCAACACCCCUUCAUCACCAGGGCGCCGAUCACCCUGCCCUCCCACCCGCCUCCUCCCCUCUUCUCCUAG